GGCGGGGACGGCGCACGCACCCGGAGUCACUUGUCAGCGCUCGUCUGAAGAGGAGGCAGCGCCGCGCCGGACUCGAGUUUCUUUCAUUUUUGGGAUUGAACGUUGAACCAUUAGAGCCAUGAGCAACUACAGUGUAUCCUUGGUUGGGCCAGCUCCUUGGGGUUUCCGGCUGCAAGGUGGCAAGGAUUUCAAUAUGCCUCUGACAAUCUCUAAUCUAAAAGAUGGCGGCAAAGCAUCCCAGGCAAAUGUAAGAAUAGGCGAUGUGGUUCUCACCAUUGAUGGAAUAAGUGCACAUGGAAUGACUCAUCUGGAAGCCCAGAACAAGAUUAAGGGUUGUACAGGCUCUUUGAAUAUGACUCUGCAAAGGGCCCCUGCUACACCCAAGCCUGAGCCAGUUCCUGUUCAAAAGGGAGAACCUAAAGAAGUAGUUAAACCUGUGCCCAUUCCAUCUCCUGCUGUGUCCAAAGUCACUUCCACAACCAACACGGCCUACAAUAAGGCACCGCGACCUUUUGGUUCUGUGUCUUCACCAAAAGCCACGUCCAUCCCAUCACCAUCGUCUGCUUUCACCCCACCCCACGCCACCACUUCAUCACACGCUUCCCCUCCACCCGUGGCUGCUGUCACUCCUCCCUCAUUUGCUGCAUCUGGACUGCAUGCUAAUGCCAAUCCUAGUGCUGACCAGCCUUCGUCUGCACCGAGCGCUGGUAAACCUGCAGUUAAUGUCCCACGGCAGCCCACAGUCACCAGCGUGUGUUCCGAGACUGCUCAGGAGCUAGCAGAGGGGCAGAGAAGAGGAUCCCAGGGUGACAGUAAACAGCAAAAUGGGAAAACACCACCUAAACGCCCACCAAGGAAACACAUUGUGGAGCGCAAUACGGAGUUUUAUCACAUACCGACUCACAGUGAUGCCAGCAAGAAGAGACUGAUGGAGGACACCGAAGACUGGCGUCCAAGGACCGGGACAACUCAGUCCCGCUCUUUCCGAAUCCUCGCCCAAAUCACCGGGACUGAACAUCUGAAAGAAUCAGAAACUGAAAAUACAAAGAAGGCAAAGUUUGACAGUUCUCUGGAAGACCUACCUAGGAUUGGACCUCACCCACCUGCAACUUCUCAGGUUUUACAUAUUGGUAGCCAAGUAGCCACACUUUCUAAAGUAACUACAUAUUCUAGUUUAAGCAGCAACACAAGCAGUGUGGCAACAAGUUCUUUGGAAGGCUUUCGAAACUUUUCUACCCUCUCUUCUCCUGCUAGAUAUAGCACCGCGGCUCUGAGCAGCGCAGCUGCUACUGUGUCUGCUGUUAUUGCUGCAAAAACCAGGCUCUCCAGUCCGGAUAGAUACCACACACUCCUGGAUGCACUUUGCAUCAGCCCUGUUUCCAAGCCUUUAGCUUUUUCAUAUCUCCAGGCCUCCCAGAAGUCAACUGGCUCCAUCCAUGUUAAGGAAACGAGCAACACCCAGGAGACUUCUCCGCAGUUGGCCCCCUCGGUGGCUUCAGCUCGGAGCAUGCCUGAGAAACGGGAGAGCCCAGCGGCCACCAGACCAGGGGUGACCGGUCUCACAACCGUCGCUGCCUUCAAGCCUCCAGGACCCACCAGCGUCAUCAAGUCACCAAGCUGGCAACAGCCAAACCAAGCAGCACUUUCCAGUGGAAGAAUCUCAAACAGCGCAACUUCGUCAGGAGCAGUGGCACCAGCCACCUCAGCCAGGGGACAGCCCCAGCCAAAUGACCAGGACACUUUAGUGCAAAGAGCUGAGCACAUUCCUGCAGGGAAACGAACUCCAAUGUGUGCCCACUGUAACCAGGUCAUCAGGGGACCCUUCCUAGUGGCAUUGGGGAAAUCUUGGCACCCAGAAGAAUUUAACUGUGCUCACUGUAAAAAUACAAUGGCCUACAUUGGCUUUGUAGAGGAAAAGGGAGCCCUAUAUUGUGAGCUGUGCUAUGAGAAAUUCUUCGCUCCUGAAUGCGGUCGAUGCCAAAGGAAGAUCCUUGGAGAAGUCAUCAAUGCUUUGAAACAAACUUGGCACGUUUCCUGUUUUGUGUGUGUGGCCUGUGGAAAACCCAUUCGUAAUAAUGUUUUUCACUUGGAGGAUGGUGAACCGUACUGUGAGACUGAUUAUUAUGCGCUUUUUGGUACCAUAUGCCGUGGAUGUGAGUUUCCCAUAGAGGCUGGCGACAUGUUCCUGGAAGCCCUGGGCUCUACCUGGCACGACACUUGCUUUGUAUGCUCAGUAUGUUGCGAAAGUUUGGAAGGCCAGACCUUUUUCUCCAAGAAGGACAAGCCACUUUGCAAGAAACAUGCUCAUUCUGUGAAUUUUUGAAAGUCAGCAGAUCAGGGGUGGAGGAGAAACUUGAAGAGAAAGAGGAGAAUUAGAAUUACCAGUGAAUUUUUAGAUUUAAUAUUUGUAGGAGUUUUGAAAAAUAAUAGUGACCCUGAAGGGAUAAAUUCUAGUUUUAGAAACCAAGUCUAUGAGGAAAUAUUUGGCUUAGUAAAGUAAAGAGACAGUUUGGCAUUUAUGAUUACUUUUUUCCUAUAUUGUCUGCCCAUAAAAUAACUUUUAUAGAAACCAGUUUCCUGGUUGACUAUUAAAUUCAUCAUAGAAUAAAUUAGUGAAGAAUUAAAUUUUAGAAUAAAAACCUCUAACAUUUAGGCUGAGAUAAUUAUACCUUCUUUCCUUGUUAGAUCUGAGUAAAUCUGUAAAUGGCAAUGAAAAUUGCCUUGCACUGUCAAUAAGUAAAAUGUAUUUUUUAAAAAUACUGCUUAUCUUUAAAAGAGGAAAUAUGAAUUUAAACCAAAUUUUAUCAGUAGUAGGUGUCAGUUUUUUAAAAAACUGUAUGUACUUCUUUUUGCCUUCUAGCCGAUCAUUCCAGUGGGUAAGACCAAUGAGAUUUUUAUCAAAAUGCGUCAUGCCAAUAGGAGGUGUCGUGUAUUUCUCCCAUUUUUCCCCUCCAAAAAGCCACCAUAUAGUUUAUAAAUUUCAAAUAUUUUGCCUUUUAUUAAACUAUGGCCAUUUCUAUUUAUGUAUUCAUUGUUUUAUGACCUAUAUUAGUCAACUCCAUUUGCCCCAUUCCCACAUGCUGAGGUUAAGAGAGGAAGUAGAAGAGAGUGUGGUUAGUUAGGAAUUCUGGUAAAUCAAGGCACGUGUCCAUAACUUUUAAAAAUCCCCUGCCCUUUCAGACAAUAAACCCAUUAGAUAAGUUUCAGAUUGGUACUACUGACCGAUAAACAUUUGAGAAUUCUCUUUGCAGAUUAUUUUCUUUAAUUCUACAUUGGAAAAGUAAAAGAUUGGCUUUGGGAUGUGAUAAAAUCUAGGGGUGUUUUGUUUUGUUUUGUUCUGUUUGCCUUCAGUAGCUCUCUCAGUAAUAGAUGAACCACUUCCAAAUGUGAUCACGAAGUUUGGGAAGCUUUUAUUCUCAGAGCUUGGUUGUAUAGGAGGGAAACAUGAUCAGUUAGACUGGCUCCUUACUUGUUUUCUUUACUUGGGAGAAUGAUUAUGUAGAUAGCAGAUUAUGACAUUGGAUAGUUUUUCUCUGUUUCCAGAGUGGAUGCAAGCCCACGAGCCACUAAGGUGUAAUACCAAUUUGUCUGAGGCAAGGUGCUUUUAAAGUUGAGACCAACUUUAAACCCAAGCCCUCCCUGCCGUUUAACUCACUAGCGGCUUCACUUCCAUUGUGUGCGUGUUUGUUGCAGAGGGAGGUUUUAGGCUCUAAUAUUUGUUUAACCUCCCUAAGAACUUUGCAAGGCAUCUGCCCUGAAAGCUGUUAAUUUAUGGCCUAGCAGAUUUAUAUUAUAUACAGAUAAUAAUUAACUGGGAAUAAAAGAGUAAGAAGGGUAACAUGAAGUGACUUCACCAAUAGCAACCCCCAACUACCUCCUCGCCCUGCAGCUGUAGGGAGGCAGGUAGUUUUAUUUUUGAAAUAGAGUACAGGGACUGAAUUGUGCGUUAUUUCUCAUUGCUGCUGAAAUGACCUGUAGAGUUUGUGCUGGCUAAUGUGCGUGGUCACAUAACUUAAUGUCAGUCCUUUCUUUCAACGAUAUAAAAUAAAUGGGUGGUUUUGUUUUGAUGUAGAGAUUUUUUUUUUGGUUGUUUAGUUUUACUUUUAUAGAUUCUGUGCCAAGAUAGUAUUUGAAAAGUCAGUGGCAUUUAGGUAUUUCCUUUAAAGAAUUUUAUUUGACCUGGAUUUCUUAUUAAAUUAUCUUACACUGAGCAUAUCAUCUUUAUUCGACUUUUCUUUACACACACUAUUCAUGGAGCAUAAUUUUGCAUGACUCUGAAUUUUGUCCCUAAAAGGAUAACAGGAUAACAUUGCUUCUUCCUAAUUUAUCCUUUUGUCUUUGUGCUUUGUCCUCUUUUGUGGCAAAGUUUCAUAUCUGUUCCUAUAACAGUUAGUCCUGUGAAAUAAAUAUUGAUUAUAACCCAGAAGAAUCUCUGCAUUUUCCCAUGGGAAAUGCCAUAUUUAACACACCAGCAUUAAUUUUUUAAUAACUAGCAGAGCACUUUAUUCUUCUGGUGAGCUCCCUGAAUAUUUAUUUUUCUGAUUACAAAUAUUUCAUAUCAGUAGCAUUUUUUUAAAGUAUUAACCUCUUUACUGUAGAACAUUUACUUGUAGUCUUUCCUAAUGUAUAUCUUGGAAAGCUGUACUUAGUAUAAUUACAGAUUAACAUUACAGUAUAGGACUCUAAAACAUCCCCACUUGUAUUUCCCAGAUUCAAAAAUGCUAGUGAUAGGGUCCAAUGUAUAACAUUUUUGUAGACUUCCGAAGGCUGAACGCUGCCCACCGGAGCAAAGGCCGAGAGAGGACCCCCCUGCUUCUGCUCCGAGCGGCGUCCUGUUUCUUACGGACUUGGCUGCAUUUACAGCUGAACACUGAGGCCUCAUCAUUUGGUCACAGCGUUAAGACAGAUAGAACUAAGAGUUGAAAUUUUCCAAGUGAUGGUGAAGCCUUAUAGUUAAAAGUUACCUACAAUGAAAUGUUUCCUUGCUGCCAUUUUCAGGGGUUAAUAUAUUAGGACCACUUUUAUGGAAAAUAAUCCCCUCCUCUCCCUUGUUCACGUAUGAAUCUAGUAUGAUUUUAGCCUUUUUGUGAUGUUUAGAGUUUUUUAAUUAUCCCCAUUGGAAGGAGAGACUUCUCAGACAGAAAGGAGGGAAAAGAAAACACCGAAUAGUUUUCCACAGACCUAGUGUGGCAUCAGUUUGUCACCUUUAUCCUCCACAUGUUUUAAGGUAUUGGCUUUUGGAUUUUUGAAAUACCGUUUACCUUUCUGUUAAUCUCUAUUUUCUGUUGCUUUACAUUUUUCAGUUUGUAUAUGUCUGUACUGUUUUGUUUUGGGCUACAUUUUCUAAUUAAACACCUCAUGAGAAAUAUAAUCAGCAUAGUUAUACCUGAAUGUGCACAUACUCAAUAAAUAAAUGGCCACAGUGAUGUAAA